AUGCCUCCCGGUGACGUUCCUUUGCCAGACAGCCUGGUGCCGGGCAACGGGGCGGUUCGUCCUACGCUGAACACUGGCUAUGGCGGCAGUUAUCAGUCGCAAACCCCCACAUCUCCUGCAGAUAGCAAUCGACCCUUCGACUCGCCGCAUUCGAGAACCGGACCCCGAUCUGUGAAUAGCCCUAUCGAUGGAGGCCCUCCGGAUGGUCGCAUGGGUCGAAGGCUAGAUUCGAAUAACCCCAACUCAAGAGAUCCGUCAACACCUCGAGACCCAGCUGGUUACUGGGAGAGAUCUACGCCGCGCGACCGAUCUCGUCAAAAUGCCCGGCCGCAUACCAAAUCUCCUGGCAGUACGCAGCGGAUCUGCAAGAAAUGCGGAGAGCCGCUCACUGGUCAGUUUGUGCGAGCAUUGGGUGCGACAUAUCAUCUGGAGUGUUUCAAGUGCGAGGAUUGCGGUUCAAUCGUGGCGUCCAAAUUCUUCCCCGUUGAAUCAGAAGAUGGAAGCGGGCAAUACCCCUUGUGUGAAACUGAUUAUUUCCGACGAUUAAAACUUUUAUGUCAUGAAUGUGGUGGGGCCUUGCGUGGAUCAUACAUUACUGCUUUGGAGCGCAAGUAUCACAUUGAACACUUUACUUGCUCUGUGUGUCCCACAGUGUUUGGCGCACAGGAUUCUUACUAUGAGCACGAGGGCAAGGUGUAUUGUCAUUUCCAUUACUCGACUCAGUUUGCACAGCGAUGCCAUGGUUGUCACACGGCAAUUCUAAAGCAAUUUGUGGAAAUCUUCCGCAAUGGCCAAAAUCAACACUGGCAUCCUGAGUGCUACAUGAUCCAUAAGUUUUGGAACGUUCGUCUUGCACCGACCGGCCAACCAUUCGAGCAGCCAGAAUUGGACCUCGAUGCUACCGAUGAAGAACGCAAUAGAAUCCGGGAAGAGGAAGAAACGAUGGAAGAAAAGGUUUACAAGAUCUGGAGUAUUCUGUCCAGUUUUGAAGAGUCGUCGGCUGCAUGCAUCUCAGACAUGCUGCUCCAUGUCAGUAAUGGUGCUUAUAUGGACGGUGUCGUCGUUGCCAAAAGGUUCAUUAGUCAUGUGAACGUUCUUUUCUCAGCGAUUGAUCUCUUAGCAGGGUAUAUUAAGGCUCAGGGGAUGAAAGAUCUUGCCUACGGACGCGAAUCCAAGCUCCUGUGCAAGAAAAUCGUUGCAUUCUUUGCACUGUUGUCCAAGACCCAAGAGACUGGAGUUCGCAAAUUGGGCGUAACUCAAGAGCUUUUGUCUUUGGUGACUGGCCUUGCUCAUUACCUCAAGCUUCUCAUCCGUAUCGGCCUCCAAGGUGCUUUGAAACUCGAAAGGGAAACACGUAGUCCUAGUGGAUUGCAUAACUUUUUGGAUUCCUUGGGUGAUCUCGAGGCCCUCAGACCGGUCGAAGAUGAAGAGUCAGCCUCUGAUUUGAUGGCAGGAGUUGAGAGUCUUGCCGACCAACUCUCAGAUUGCUGCACGGCUUGCAAAGAACCAAUCGACGACGAGUGUGUCAUUUUUGGUGACCUAAGAUGGCAUAUCAAGCCCGCGCACUUUAACUGUGUUGCGUGUCAGAAAGACCUGAUCGCCGAUCUUCAGGACGCGGUAUGGAGUGCAAAGGACAAGCGGCCGUUCUGCCUAAGCUGCGCUGGACAAAAGGGCGUAACUGCUGAUACUACCAACACUUUCAUGCGCGUAAGCAAACUUCAGCAGUUUGUCUUCUUGCUCCAAGUCGCUCUUGCGAGACUUCUAUCUGUUUUGCGUGCAGGAGGGACUUUGCCCCAUACGUCUGAUGACCCCAACCUUAAAGGAUACGAGGCCAAGGAUGGUCAUAGAGCCCCAGAUGCCGACCCUCGCAGAUCGAACACACGAUCAAAGUCCUAUACCAGCUCGGCCAAGGACGGUCCCGAGGAGUCUUCUCUCGAGCAAACAGUGGGAGAAAUGCGGCGACUGCGCUCUAUUCGGAACGAACGUACUUUGUCCACCACCUACAAAAAGGCACGAGCAUCCCGAAUUAUUGAUGGCCCAGAAGGAAGAAGCGUGCGACCUGGUUCUUCCGGUGGCGAAGGCACUGAUCCACGCGGCCCUGGGUUCCAAAUUGUAGAGGAGAAGGAUGCCAAUGGCGAGACCGUUACCGACUUGACCUUUGGAAACCAGGAUGCCUUGACUCUGGAUGACAUCCCAAGGAUCGUUGCUGCGGAGCAAGCCAAGGAGCAGCGACCCAACGCAUACAAACACGCUGGCUCAAAGCUCGUUACAGGAGAACCUAUGCCCAGGUACAACUUUGGCCAUCAGCGUGGUGUAUCCGGUGCCGGAUUGGAUCCUCAUAUGAUUGAAACAGCCGGCAGAACCAAAAAGUACUUUUCCGAACUUUCUGCCCUGGAAUACUUCAUCGUUCGUCACGUUGCAGUACUUUCCAUGGAGCCAUUGCUUGAAGGAUACUUGAACUUGGAAGAGCUUUUGUCUUUGAUUGAAUCGCGAAAGCCUACCAUAUGGAACAUCUUCGGCCGUGCUUUCAAGGAUCCCAAGAAGGGUGGCAAGAAGAAGGGCGCCUUUGGUGUGAGCUUGGACUACCUCGUUGAAAAAGAGGGCACAGAGUCAAGUCACGGCGUCGGCCCCGGCGCACUUCGCAUUCCUGCACUGGUUGACGAUGCUGUCUCGGCUAUGCGACAAAUGGAUAUGUCCGUCGAGGGUGUUUUCCGAAAGAAUGGCAAUAUCAGAAGACUCAAGGACCUCUCGGAUCUUAUUGAUAACAAGUACGAGCAGGUGGACAUGACAAAGGAGAAUCCCGUCCAGAUUGCGGCUCUUCUCAAAAAGUUCCUUCGAGAAAUGCCUGACCCGCUUCUGACAUUCAAACUCUAUCAUCUGUUUGUCAUUUCUCAGAAAAUCCCCGACCCUGAAAAGCAGAAACGGGUACUGCAUCUCACAUGCUGUCUUUUGCCCAAGGCGCAUCGUGACACAAUGGAAGUUCUUUUUGCCUUCUUAAACUGGACUUCAUCUUUCUCACAUGUCGAUGAGGAGUCUGGUAGUAAAAUGGACAUUCACAACCUCGCGACUGUCAUGACGCCAAACAUUCUUUACCCUAACGCCAAGAGCAAUACCGUGGAUGAGAGUUUCCUAGCUAUUGAGGCUGUCAAUGCGCUCAUUGCGUUGAAUGACACCAUUAGCGAGAUCCCUGAAGAUUUGCAGUCGAUUCUCAAUGACACCAGUUUCUUCAAGGAGAAUGCUGAAGUGACCACGAAGGAAAUUCUCAAGAGAUACGGAGACAUCGCCCGGGGAAGUGUUUCAUCGAAGCCCACCAAUGGCGGCGAGACUGUCACGAUCACAAGCUCUAGCAAAGGAACUAGUACCCCUGCUUCGGCACGCAUCGAAACCGACCCCUCGCAGGACGCGGCGUGGCAGAUGCAGAGCUCGGUUCGCCAUGUCCAGAGCCCUGUUGGAGGUGGACACUCCCACUCAACCAGUGCCACUCCGCAUACUGGUAAGGAACUUGCAACUCAACAGCCCGGAGUCUAUCGUGAACGCAGCACCAGCAAUGGCAGUCAGCCGAACUCGAUUCAGGGCGAGGGACAAGGUCAGCAGUUACCUUACAGAGCACGUACAAAUGCCGGUCCCAUGGGAGUUGCCGGUUAA